GAGGAAUUAAAACUUAUAAGCUAACACAACUUUCGUACGUUUGCUUCAAACUAGUUCGGUAGAUAUCUCUGCCUUUCUCUUUAAAGGUCAAAAGCUUCCAUCUCAAAAAUCAUAAAAUCCUCGUGUUCGCUCUAUUCAAAGAACGAAAUAAGUGCUAGACUCGACUGCGAGUCUCUAUCAAUCACAAUGGCAACUUUAAUUCGCCUUCUUCGUCUCCUUCCCGUUGCCAGUUCCUCAGCAGUCCUUAUGUUCGCUCUCGAUGAACAUCUAAUCUUUGGAACCUGGGUACAACCCUCCAUCCGCGAACGCGCGAACGCCAAUCUCCCAGCGUGGUGGACCCGUGGAGGUCUUCGCUGGCGUUGGGUACUCAUCAUAUUCUACCCCGUCAACUACAUCCUCGGUAUCCUAAAUCUCUUCAUCUCACAAGAUCAACUUCAAGAUACAGGCGCCAGCAAGUGGUACACUCUUGGAUUGUUAUUCAGCAUCGCACAUAUGUUUUAUUUGUUCAGAGCGUUGAAGCUCAUAGCAGCUAUUGAAAAUGAUGAGCCGAAGGGGAAUGUUACUUAUUCGAUGGGUCGUUGGUUGAAGAUGAACUGGACUCGAGCACUGCUGACCGACUUGCCGGCAUGGCUGUGCUUUAUUGCUGCAGCAUUGAAGGCACUGUGACGAAGGGACUGUAGGACUAAAGUUCGCAGAGACACAGAAGAGGACGUUGUGAGGGACAUUGAAGGCAAGCUCCACUCAUCCAUAUAGGUGAAAGAUGAGUUCUUUAAGUAGUCGUCUCGGUUCAAAAGUU